UUUUGUGAUUACGAGUUACGACUUGCUUUUCGAUGCCGAGUAACUACUACGAUUAAAGAUAUACGGGUAGUUUAUCGCCCUAUAGUAAAGACCUUUCAAAUUGACUUACAAAGUGACUAUUCAAAAUAGAUGUACGAUGUUUUCAUUUGCCAUGACGUGAUAAAAUAAUAAAAAAAAAAAUAAUCGAAUCAAAAAGUUCUAUACUUCUAUAAUCUAAUGUUCAAGGUAAUGUUGUGACUAUAUAGUGACAGACGCGCCAAAAAAAAAUAUUGUUUUGAUAGUUGAUGAAUUGUAGUAUUUUAGCAAUAAAAAAUUUCAAUUAACUUGUAGAAAUAGAAAUAAUUUUGUUUGAAUCAUACACGAUGAACGUUUAUGAUAGUAUCGUAAGAGGUACACAAGCAAGUCGAUUAAUACUCAUUGAAGAUUCAUUUUUAGCUAAAGGACAAUUUCUAUUACAUCUUAUGUCUGCAAAUCGUAAAUCUUAUGACAUCCAUGUACUUUGUUAUGAAAAUUUAGUACCUAAAUAUCAAACUUUAUUUCCCUCAUUGUCUAAUAUUCAAUACCAUGAUUGCUUCGAGAUCCUUAAUAAUUGUGUUUCCCCUUUGGAAGAGAUUAUAAUACGUGUAGCUGCAAAAUCAACCAGAAAAAUAGUCAUUUUUAUUGAUUCAUUGUCUAUGUAUAUGCUUUUAAAUAGAUUUAAUAAAGUGUAUAGAGAAAUAUUGGAUAUUACAUCGUCAGAUAAAUUUCCUAACAUUGUUCAAGUUGUGGCAGUAAUACACAAUGAUGUAACAGAAGUUAAUCAAAUUGGACACCUGAAAAACUUAUGUAAGACUCAUGUACUUGUUCAAAGUACUAACAAUCCUUUAGUUUUAAAUUUAAGAUUAGAACAUAAAAGGUCAAAUGGUAAAUGUGUAGUACAGAAAUUAAAAGGCGAAUUAAAAUCUGAUAUUGUAUUUCAAUUAAUAAAUGACUUACCACCACAACAAAUCGAAGAGGAUAAAAGCAUACCAACAAAUUUAGCUAGUUUUAAAUUAGAUUUACAAGCCAGUGAAAAGAAAGCCAAGGAAGAAUUAAUUUUACCAUAUACUCAAGUGCAAAUUCCAUCCAAUACUGGUGGAAUGAUUCAUUACGUUCCAGAUGAAGCAGAUGACUGGGAUGAAGAAGAUCCGGACGAUGACUUAGAAAUAUAGUAUUAUAUCAUACUAAUACUAUUUAUACAUUGUGUUAUGUAAAUAGAAUAUGUACUUAUGCAUUUUGUUUUGAAUUUGGUAUAAUAUUUUCAUAACAACUUUUUUCAUCAAUUCAAUAGUGAAAAAGAAUUAAAAUAUUAAUUGUGUGCCUUAAUAAUUUUUUUUUAAAACA